UGACAGCCGCCUUCCAGUUAACCAAGGGUCCCUGAACGUCACACAGGGCGGUGUUGUGUUCCUCAGUGAAAGUCCAAUGGUCAUGAUAAAGUCUGAUCAACAGAAACAUGGACCUCAGGCACGCCGUGCUGGACGCGUUUUCUCAGAACAAGAAGGCAGCUCUCCUGAUCGGGGGAGCAGUUCUGGGCCUCGGGCUCGGAUAUAAAUAUCUUAGAAAGACAGAGAAAGUAGUUCGUGUGGGCGUCGUGUCGCAGCUCCUCAUUCACCCUCUGAAGUCUGGCAGAGCUGUGUCUGUGGCUCUGGCUGAGUGUCAGAAAAUCGGGUUGAAGUUCGGAGAGCUGCAGGAUCGACACUGGCUGAUGGUCACAGAGGAUGGUCACAUGGUGACGGGCAGGCAGGAGCCUCGCCUGGUGCUCGUGUCUCUGACCUGCGAGGGAGGUCAUGUUUGUCUCAACAGCGCGGGCAUGGAGGAGCUGCGGUUCCCCGUGAAACAGCCCGAGAACGCCGUCAUUGACUGCAGAGUGUUUGGAAAAGACAUUCAGGGACGUGACUGCGGCGAUGAAGUCUCCCGCUGGCUCACUCGUGUCCUGGAGGCGGAGAAAACCUACCGCUUGGUGCACUUUGAGCACCAGAUGACCGCCAGGAGGCCGACGGAGGGCGAGACCAUGUUCCAAAAAUAUGAGGUGGCCUACUCGGAUAUGGCUCCUGUGAUGCUGCUGUCCGAGUCCUCUGUGAAAGAUCUCAGCAGCAAGUUAGAGAAGGACGUCACGGUGGAGCGUUUCCGCCCAAACAUCGUCAUCAGUGACUGCGAGGCUUUCGAAGAGGAUUCUUGGGAAGCGCUCCAGAUUGGCAGCGUGCGACUGCAGCGUGUAAUGUCGUGUGGACGAUGCAUUUUUACAACGGUUGAUCCUGAAACAGGAAUAAUUAGCAGGAAGGAGCCUCUGGAAACACUGAAGAGCUAUCGUCUGUGCGACCCGUCUGAGAAGCACAUCUACAAGUCGUCCCCGUUGUUUGGACAGCUGCACACCGUGAACAAGACCGGCAUCCUGCAGGUCGGGGACGUGGUCUACAAGAUCAGCCGUUGAAUGAAGAAGCCAGAUAUGAGCUUUGAUAUCAGCACUAUCACUCUGAUCUUAACAGAUGUAAUGAAUGAGAAAUGACUACAGCACUUAGAAAAUGUAGAAAAUGUAGCAGAGAGUUUUUUUGAAAUAGGAGAAUCAAAGAUGGACAAUCCAGAUAAUCACUGCUUUUUACACUACAUGUGCCUGAAACUAACAACACUGCUAAAUGAAAUACAUGCUGCCUUUAAGGACACAAAUGUAACUUCCUUUAGUCUUUAUAAUAAUUUUUUUACAUGUAAUUCUUCUAAUCAGAGAAGAGAAACCCUGACAGCAUCUGACUGAUAUCAUCUUAUAAUAAAAUAUAAAUCCUUUUAGGUGAAUUCUG